AUGGAUUCUAGAUACUCUCAUUGUAUUGUGCUUGACUUUGAAGCCACAUGUGAUGAAAGCAAAGCUUUCAGUCCCUCAGAAAUCAUUGAAUUUCCUCUUGUCGUCCUGUCAACAGACACUCUAGAAACUGUACAAGAAUUUCAUAGCUAUAUCAAACCAACAAGAAACCCAACUCUGACUCCAUUCUGCACAAACCUGACUGGUAUCCUCCAAAAAACUGUAGACUCAGCACAACCAUUCGAACAAGUGUGGGAAAACGUGCUGCAAUUCCUGACGGAUUUGUCUACCACUACUACUUCUUAUAAUCCAUUGGUAAUUACAUGUGGAGACUGGGACUUGAAAUCCAUGCUUCCUCUCCAACUAUCACUAUGUGGUAUAAAAUCCGUACCAGCUGAAUUCUCACAAUGGUGUAAUAUCAAACACAUAUAUGAACGGGCUUAUGGUGGUAAAGCUAUGGGGAUGGAUAAUAUGCUAUCGAAACUGAAUUUGCCGCUAGUUGGACGACAUCAUAGUGGUAUUGAUGAUGCUAGGAAUAUUGCGAGUAUAGUGAAGAAGGUGAUUCGGGAUGGGCAUGUCGUUGAUGUUACGUUUAAACCGAGAGGGGUUGGUAAAGAUGCUGCCGCUGUAAAGAAUGGAAUUUUUAAUAGCGUCAGUACUCCAUCAAGUUCGUCUGGUAUGGCGAGUACUGGAAGGUCUUGGAGCUCUGUAGCAUCUACUAAUGUCACUGCCACAUCAUCGGAAACCCAAUCUACAUCUGUAUCUACGUCUCAACCAUCUGCGUCUAAACCACCUUCUAAACAACCGAAUAACAACACUCCAAAGAAACAACCGAGAAAGAAGGAGCCAGCACCUGAACCGCCGAGUUAUGGCAGUGUUGUCGACAUUGGCGCUAAUUUGACACACAAGUCUCUUAAAUCCAUGAUACCAGACACACUGUAUCGUGCAGCAGCUGUUGGUGUAUCACAUAUAAUACUGACUGGUACAUCUGUGAAGGGGUCUAGAGAAGCAGCAGCACUGGUCAGACAAUGGAAGGGUACUAAAGGCGUUCCUGAUUUGAGUUGUACUGUUGGUGUGCAUCCUCAUGAUGCUGGAAGAGCUGUUGAGGAGGGAGAGUAUGUUACAGAGCUGAGGAGGAUUGUUGAGGAAAACCGAGAUAUCGUAGUCGCAAUAGGAGAAUGUGGUCUAGACUAUGACCGCAUGUUCUCAACAGUCGGUGAUCAAGACACCUUAUUUAAAUAUCAACUGGAACUGGCUCAGGAUUUCGAUCUACCUUUAUUCUUGCAUACUCGGUCCGCACAUACACGUUUUGAGAAUAUGUUGAAGGAGCAUGCUCCGCGGCCUGCUCGUGGUGUGGUGCAUUGUUAUACGGAUGAGCACGUGGAUAGGAUGCAUGAGUAUGUUGGUCUUGGCCUACAUAUUGGGUUUACUGGCUGGAUAUGUGAUUCAAGACCUGGUAGAGGAGAUAAUAUGGAAGAUGUGGUUAAAGCUGUGCCAUCGGAUCGAUAUCUGGUCGAAACAGACGCUCCAUUCCUUUUACCUCGUAACAAACCUGGCAAAAAUUCAGGAACUUGUGAGCCACACGAUAUUGUCUGGGUUGUAGAACGACUGGCCGAAUGGAGAGGAACUACUCCGGAAGGAGUAGCAGCAGAAACUACUGCCAAUGCUGAAGCACUAUUUAGAUUCAACAAACAUUCAUCAUCAUAG